UCUAGAGCGAGCAACACGAUGCUACGCGUUUGGUGUGUACGUAGCAUAAGACUUUUGCACAGUACUAUUCUACAGUAUUCUACUAUUUUACAGUAUUUUCUUCCACCAAGCAAUGUAAAGAAAUCAGUUGUGGGUGCAGCAAUGUAGUUGCCACGCAACACAGACACAGCAACAAAAACAGUUGAAAGGUUUGUUACUCGACACCCUGGUUUGACACGUGGCUGCAGAAGAUGCAGAAUUUCAGAAGCAUCAUCAGAAUUCUCCAGGCCCUAGGUGAUCAUUGGAGAUUGCAUCGCGAUUGAUAAGGGUUUUGUUUGGAUGUGUCAAGGGGAUUUUCUCUGAGAAGAAUAAACAGGGAAAUAAACAGACAAAAAUCUGUCUUAGAAACGUCUUGAGACAGGCCUACAGGCUACACUAAAAUAAAACUCAGACAAAGUGACAUUAAGCAGUGGGAUUGUUUCUCAUGGCAUAAUAGCUCCUCUUUGAAUGAAAAGCAGAACUGACUUUAAAAACUCAUCACUAUAAGGAGAAGAGGAGCCAAAACCUCAAAAAUGAGUCUUAAAAAUAAGAACAAAUCAGCUUCUUCAGAACCUAGCUGUGUGUCUAUGAAGAGUGACAACUCCAUUCAUUAUCCCCCUCAUUUCAGUGACGGAACUUUGACCUCUGACCUCAGGCAUCUCAGCAAAGAUGAAAACCUUCAAAAUAAAUCUAAAGACCUUCAUCAGGAUUCACAUGAACCAGUAGAUGAUGUUCUGCAGAGAGUCAAAGAUCAACACAAAACCAUCAUGAAGAACAAGUUUGAGAGUUUAUUUGAGGGAAUCAAACAACAAGAGAAUCAAACUCACCUGAAGAGGAUUUACACACAACUGUACCUCAUAGAGGGAGAGAGUGAAGGAGUGAAUGAAGAACAUGAAGUUUUACACAUAGAGAAAAACACCAGAACACAACACUUACAAGACACAACAAUCUACUGCAAUGACAUCUUUAAACGCUUACCUGAACCAGAAUAUAAAACAGAGCAAAGAAGAGAGAGAAAAGACAAAAUCAAGAGCGUUCUUACUAAAGGCAUCGCUGGAAUUGGAAAAACCGUCUCCGUACAGAAGUUCAUUCUGGAUUGGGCAGAGGGAACGGCCAAUCAGGAUGUAGAUUUCAUGUUUGUGCUUCCAUUUCGAGAACUGAACUUGAUUCAAGAUGAUCGGUACAGUCUUCACAAACUUCUGCUUGACUUUCAUCCUGAACUCAAAGAUCUGGACUCAAAGAUUUAUGAUGAGUGUAAAGUUGUGUUCAUCUUUGACGGUCUGGAUGAAAACAGAAUGACACUGAUGUUUUCAGAUGCUAAGAAAGUUUCUGAUGUGACUGAGACUUCAUCAGUGCCUGUGUUGAUAGCAAACCUCAUGAAAGGAGAUCUGAUUCCUUCUGCUUUCAUCUGGAUCACCUCCAGACCAGCAGCAGCCAAUCAGAUCCCAUCUAAAUACAUCAACCGUCUGACAGAAAUCCAGGGAUUCAAUGACGCUCAGAAGGAGGAAUAUUUCAGGAAGAGAAUCAGUGAUGAACAUCAAGCCAGCAGAAUCAUCUCACACGUCAGAAGAUCAAGAAGUCUUCACAUCAUGUGUCACAUACCAGUCUUCUGUUGGAUCUCAUCCACUGUGCUUCAAAACAUCCUGAAACAAGACAAUGAGAGAGCAGAAAUCCCUAAAACUCUGACUGAAAUGUACAUCCACUUCCUGCUGAUUCAGAUGAAUAUGAAGAAUGAGAAGUAUGAUGAGAGAGAUCCAGAGAAACUCCUGCAGUCCAACAGAGAUGUGAUUGUCAAACUGUCUGAACUGGCUUUCAAACAGCUGAUGAAGGGUAAUGUGAUGUUUUAUGAGGAGGAGCUGAGAGAGUCUGGCAUAGACAUCACUGACGCCUCAGUGUAUUCUGGGAUUUGUACAGAGAUCUUUAAGGAGGAAUCUGUGAUGCAUCAGAGGAAAAUCUACUGCUUCAUACAUCUCAGCUGUCAGGAGUUUCUGGCUGCUCUUUAUGUGUUUCACUAUUAUGUGAGUACAACAAUGGAGACACUAAAACAUUUUGCUUCAGUACAGAAUUUGCUUAAAGGUGCAGUGGAUAAAGCUCUUGAGAGUGAAACUGGACAUCUGGAUCUUUUCCUGCGAUUCCUGCUGGGCAUCUCAUUGGAGUCCAAUCAGAGGCUCUUACAGGAUCUACUGACCCACACUGUGGACACCUCAGAAACAAUCAGGGAAUCUAUUACAUAUAUCAAAGACAAAAUCAAUGAUGGACAGGGUCUCUCUGCUGAAAGAUCCAUCAAUUUGUUUCUGUGUCUUCUUGAAGUGAAUGAUCAGACUCUGUACAGAGAGAUUGAGGUGUUUGUGAGAUCAGACAAACACUCAGAGAAGAAACUCUCUGCUGCUCACUGUUCAGCAAUAGCCUACAUGCUUCAGAUGUCAGAGGAGGUGCUGGAUGAGCUGAAUCUGAAGAAAUACAACACAACACAGGAGGGGAGAAGAAGACUCAUACCAGCUGUCGGCAACUGCACACGAGCUAUACUUACAGGCUGUAAUCUCAUGGUUGAGUCCUGUAUAACUGUAGCUUCAUGUCUCCAAUCCUCAAACUCACAUGUGAGAGAUCUAGACCUGAGUAACAAUGACUUGCAGGAUUCAGGAGUGAAGCUCAUCUCUGAUGCCCUCAAGAGUCCAGACUGUAAACUACACACACUGAGAUUAUCAGGUUGUAUGGUGACAGAUGAAGGUUGUUGUUAUUUGGCUUCAGCUCUGAGUUCAAACCCAUCAUCACACCUGAGAGAGCUGGAUCUGAGCUACAAUCACCCACAACACUCAGGACGGCAGAUGCUCUCUCAAAGACUAGAUGAUCCCAAGUGUACACUGGAGAAACUCAAUCUGGAACAUGGAGGACCUUGCAGGAUUACACCAGGACUACGAAAAUAUGCCUGCAAUCUCACACUGGAUCCAAACACAGCAAACGUUCAUCUCGUUCUGUCUGAGGAUAAGAAAACAAUCAUUUAUGUGAAAAAAACCCAGCCAUAUCCUGAUCAUCCAGAGAGAUUUAAAGGUGUUCCUCAGGUUCUUUGUAAAGAGAGUCUGACUGGACGCUGUUACUGGGAGGCUGAAUGGGAAGAGUGGACUCGUAUAGCAUUGACAUAUAAAAACAUCAGCAGGAAUGAAGGGAGUGACAGUAUGUUUGCACUUGAUGAAAAGUCCUGGAGGCUCUUUUGUACUGUCGAUGGAUAUGAUUUUUGGCACAAUAAUAAAAGUAAAGCUAUACCUGCUCCUUCAUCUCGCUCUAAUAGAUUAGGAGUUUAUCUGGACUGGUCAGCUGGCACUCUGUCCUUCUAUAGUGUCUCUGGUACACAAACACUCACACAUAUACACACAGUCAACACAACAUUCACUGAACCUCUAUAUGCUGGAUUUGAUGUCCGUCACAGAGCGUCUUUGUGUCAGAUUUAACUUAAGCAAUCUAAUUUUGAGUAAUUUAUUUACAUGGUGCUUUUAUCAUUCAGAUUUGCCUGGGUGAUUAAAAACACAAUUUUUUGUCAUGUGGCAUGAAUGCUGACAUUCGCUCUUUGAUUGCGUUGUCUGGAUCAUUCCCAGCUCACAGAGAAAAGUUCUAAGAAAGUUCCCAACAUUCGCAAAAUGUUCUGCCAACAUAAAAGGUGUGAAUUUUUUAUAUUUUAAGAACAUUUUUUGAUUGUCUGAAAGUUAGAAAAUGUUUUCAAAUGUUAUGACAAUGUCAUGUUUUAAUAUUCACCCAAUGUUUAAAAUGUAAAUUUCUAUUUACCUUUUUUGCUUGUUAUGUGAAAGAAAGAGAAACAUUGUAUUUCAAAACUGUUAUAAAACAUUAUUUCUAAAUGUUAUUAGGUUUAGAUGUUGAUGUUUUGUUUCAUUUAAAGCCACAAUUAUGGUGAUCAGUGUUUGUUUUAGUUGGACCCUUGAUCCUUGACUAUUGCUUACUUGUUUUCCCUGGCUACAUUACUUUGUGUGUAUGAAGCACAUUUGUUAUGGCAAUGUACAGUAAAGUUAAUUGUGCAAUUCUGUGGUGGUUGGUACAUAAUGGUAAAGAUCAUCAUCUAAUUAAUUGAAUUAGUCACUCAACAAAAAAUAAUUCUGUCAAAAUGAGAUCCAGCAGUUUGUAUGUUCACUCUGUAUUUGGGAUGCGCAAACAUCAAUAAUAAGAGUAUAAAUCUCAACACUAAGAUAUGUCAGUGCAAGUUGUUUUUAAAUUAUAGCAGCUCAAACAUGCAUUUUAGUCUGGGACCAGGACAUGCUCUGUCCGGGCAAACUACCCCUAAAAGAUGGCAUAUUUGGGGGGUAAACAUCAAAAUGGAAACCAAUGAAAACAUGCAGGCCAAUCUUAUUACUCUCAGCAAAGGUGGACACUUUUUCAUAAUUUCAAGUUUUUGAUUUAUAUUUAACAUUUUAAAUACAUUAAACAUCUAUUAAUAUUUUUACUUUUACUUAAGUAAAAAGUACUUUCGUACUUUUACUCAAGAAAAGUACACAAUUUUCAUGUAAUUAGGUAUUAAAUCAAUUUGAAUAUGCAAUAUAAAAUGAAUACACAGUAUGAUUCUAUGCUUUAGAAUUUAGUGAACAUUUUAAGUAAAGUAAAUUUUUUUCCCAAGACAAACACUCUGAUAAAGCACAGAUGCUUGGAAAAUGUAACUAAAAUACUCAAGUAGUGUCCACCUCUGUUGGUACCAGAGUACUUCUUUUUCACAAUCAUACUAAAUACUUGACACUAGCUUGUUAAUUUAUUGUUUUUA